CACAGACACUCACAGACACACGGACAGACAGACCCUCUCUCAGCGUCAGUGUACCUGUGCAGGUGUGGGGAACAGAGCCGUGCCCAGACAGGUGUCAGUGCUGAAGCAGAAUGAACUCUACAGGUGUGAAUUACUCUAUGGUGGGGCGCUCUGACCUCCCUGUGACCCUGGGGGCGGAGCCAGGACAGGCGGACAGGAAGUCCCGGAGUGCGGGGGAGGGGCUGGCAGACAGGAAGUCCCUGAGUUUGGGGGAGGGGCUGGCAGACAGGAUGUCCCUGAGUGCGGAGGCGUGGCCAGCGCAGGCUGACAGGAAGCGCCGCUACAUCCAGCGCGACGGCAGCUGCAGGGUGGCCUUCCACCACGUGCCGGGGACCUGGGGGCUGUACGUCACCGACAUCUUCACCACGCUGGUGGAGAUCCGCUGGAGGGUGAUGUUCCUGCUCUUCUCGCUGUCCUACAUCCUGUCCUGGACGCUGUUCGGGCUGCUGUUCUGGGUGAUCGCCCUGGCGCACGGGGAGGUGCAGGACGCCUCCAUCCCGCCGUGUGUGGACAACGUGCGCGGCUUCACGGCGGCCUUCCUCUUCUCCCUGGAGACACAGACCACCAUCGGCUACGGCUUCCGCGGCAUGACGGAGAACUGUGCGCUGGCCAUCGCCGUGGUGACCGUGCAGGACGUGCUCAGCUGCGUGAUUGACACCGUGGUCAUCGGCAUCGUCGUGGCCAAGAUGGCGUCCGCCCGCAAGCGCGCGCAGACCGUGGGCUUCAGCAGCUGCGCCGUGAUUGGCCGCCGGGACGGUCACAUGUGCCUGUCCUGGCGCCUGGGCGACUUCCGCAAGAGUCACAUGGUGGAGGGCGUGGCCACGGCCCAGCUGGUGCGCCUGCAGCCCCAGCCCUCGGAGCACGUGGGCGUGUCCUACACAGACCUGGCCCUGCAGCAGAGCGACGUGCUGCUGGCCACGCCCACCACGCUCACGCACGCGCUGGCCCCUGGGAGCCCGCUGUACGGCCUGAGCGCCCAGCAGCUGGGCCGUGAGGACUUUGAGCUGGUGGUGUCCUUCACCUACACCGGCGACUCCACGGGCAUCCUGCACCAGACGCGGUCCUCGUACCGGCCCGGGCAGAUCCGCUGGGGCGCGCGCUUCCGGGACGUGCUGAGGGUGCAGGGGCCCAGCUACCGCGCCGAUUACGCCCUGUUCCACCAGACCCUGCUGGUGCCCCUCCCCGCCCUCAGCGCCCGAGACCAGGACCGCUGCAAGAACCAGAGCCCCGCCCCUGCCCCAGGCCCCGCCCCUGCCCCCGCCCAUGACACCGCCCCUGGCCCCAUCCCUGGUUCCAUCCUUGCCAAUGGCCCAGCUUCCCCCAAUGCUGACCCCACCCACGCAGCCCCGUAG